GUUUCUUAUGUGAUGCCAUUCCAGCACUGGACUCAUGGAGGCUGAACAUUUAUUCAGGAGUCCAUAGAGGCUACUGUAGUCUACUGACGAAAAUGUCUAACAGUAACACUACUCAAGAGACCCUGGAAAUAAUGAAAGAAUCUGAAAAGAAGCUGGUAGAAGAAUCUGUAAACAAAAACAAGUUUAUAUCUAAGACUCAGAAAGAAGAAAUUGAGAAAGAGAGUGAAGAUAGUGGUUUGCGUCAGGAGACACAGAGGCGAACAUCCAACCAUGGUCAUGCCAGGAAAAGAGCCAAGUCUAAUUCCAAGCUCAAGUUGGUUCGCAGCCUGGCAGUGUGUGAGGAGUCCUCUGCCCCAUUUGCUGAUGGGCCACUAGAAACCAAGGAUAUAAUUCAAUUGCACAUCAGCUGCCCCUCUGACAAAGAGGAAGAAAAGUCCACAAAGGAUGUCUCUGAAAAGGAAGAUAAGGACAAAAACAAAGAAAAGGUCCCAAGGAAGAUGCUGUCUAGAGACUCCAGCCAAGAAUACAUGGACUCCACUGGAAUUGACCUACAUGAAUUUCUUGUAAAUACACUGAAAAAGCCCUGGCCAAACCCAAGGGACAGAAUGAUGCUGCUAAAAUUAGGACAGGAGAUUCUGGAAUUUAUUAAUGACAACAACAACCAAUUCAAGAAGUUCCCUCAGAUGACCUCAUAUCACCGGAUGCUAUUACACCGGGUAGCUGCCUAUUUUGGGAUGGACCACAAUGUUGAUCAAACUGGAAAAGCUGUCAUCAUCAACAAAACCAGUAACACAAGAAUUUCUGAACAGAGGUUCUCAGAACAUAUAAAGGAUGAAAAGAAUACGGAAUUUCAACAGAGAUUCAUUCUCAAGAGAGAUGAUGCCAGUAUGGACCGAGAUGAUAACCAGAUCAGAGUUCCAUUGCAGAAUGGAAGGAGGAGCAAGUCAAUAGAAGAGAGAGAGAAGGAAUAUCAAAGGGUCCAAGAGAGAAUAUUUGCCCGAGAGACUGGCCAGAACGGAUAUCUAAAUUACAUCAGAGGGAACUGUGAGGGGCUAAGCUGCACCUCAAGCAGUUACCAGAGCAGCACAGAGAGUGAACUCAAAUUUUUGGAACCACGGCCUUGGAGCAGCACGAACUCUGACGGCUCUGUUCGGAGCAUGUAGCCCCCUGUCACCAAAACCAGCAGUUUCAGCAGAAUCUCUAUCCUCAGGGGUGACAGCAUCGGGUACAGUAAAGGUGGCAGUGCAGGAAGGAUCUCCAGGCCAGGUAUGGCACUAGGUGCCCCAGAAGUGUGCAACCAGGUCACCUCAUCCCAGUCUGUCCGGGGCCUUCUCCCUUGUACUGCCCAGCAGCAGCAACAGCAGCAGCAGCAGCAGCAGCAGCUUCCUGCUCUUCCACCCACACCUCAACAGCCACCCUUGAAUAAUCACAUGAUCUCACAGGCAGAUGACCUCAGCAACCCCUUUGGACAGAUGAGCCUUAGCCGCCAAGGUUCUACUGAAGCAGCUGAUCCAUCCACAGCUCUGUUCCAGCCCCCUCUUAUCUCCCAGCACCCUCAACAGACUAGCUUCAUCAUGGCUUCCACGGGACAGCCCCUCCCCACUUCCAACUAUUCCACCUCUAGCCAUGCACCACCUACUCAGCAAAUCUCACCACCCCAGGGCUACAUGCAGCCCCCUCAACAGAUCCAGGUUUCUUACUAUCCCCCUGGACAGUAUCCUAACUCCAACCAGCAAUAUCGACCUGUCUCUCACCCGGUGGCCUACAGUCCCCAACGUGGUGAUCAGUUGCCUCAACCAUCCCAGCAGUCUGGUUUACAGCCCAUGAUGCCUAACCAGCAGCAGGCAGCUUACCAAGGCAUGAUUGGGGUCCAGCAGCCACAGAACCAGGGCUUGCUCAGCAACCAGAGUGGCAUGGGUGGCCAGAUGCAAGGCCUGGUGGUUCAGUACACUCCACUGCCUUCUUACCAAGUCCCAGUGGGUAAUGACUCACAAAAUGUGGUCCAGCCACCUUUCCAGCAACCCAUGCUGGUCCCUGUGAGCCAAUCUGUGCAAGGGGGCCUCCCAACAGGGGGUGUGCCAGUGUACUACAGUAUGAUCCCUCCGGCUCAGCAGAACGGUACAAGCCCUUCUGUGGGGUUUCUACAACCUCCUGGCUCUGAGCAGUACCAGAUGUCUCAGUCUCCCUCUCCUUGCAGUCCACAACAGAUGCCACAGCAGUACUCAGGAGUGUCACCUUCUGGACCAGGUGUGGUGGUCAUGCAGCUGAAUGUCCCUAAUGGACCCCAGGCUCCCCAGAACCCAUCCAUGGUCCAGUGGAGUCACUGUAAAUAUUACAGCAUCGAACAGCAGGGUCAGAAACCUGGAGACCUGUACAAUCCUGACAGUAGCCCCCAGGCCAACACAUAAAUGAGUAGCAGCCCUGUCACAUCUCCUACCCAGUCUCCAGCACCCUCUCCUGUCACCAGCCUCAGCAGUGUCUGCACAGGACUCAGUCCCCUUCCCAUCCUCACACAGUUCCUCCGGCCUGGGGGUCCAGCACAGGGUGAUGGGCGCUACUCCCUCUUGGGCCAGCCAUUACAGUACAAUCUGUCCAUUUGCCCUCCUUUGCUCCAUGGCCAGUCGACUUACGCAGUGCACCGGGGACAGAAUGGACUGAAGCAUGGAAACCGGAGCAAGAGACAAGCACUCAAAUCUGCUUCCACUGACCUGGGCACGACAGAUGUUGUCCUGGGGCAGGUGCAGGAGGUGACAGAUCUCCCUGAGGGCAUCACUCGUACCGAGGUGGACAAACUCUUCACCCAGCUCGCCAUGUCUGGUGCCAAGAUCCAGUGGCUCAAGGAUGCUCAGGGGCUGCCUGGCGGGGGUGGGUGGGACAAUAGUGGGACUACUGAGAACGGUCGCUAUGCAGACCUCACUGCAUUGUACACCAUUGUGACUGUGUUCCCCAGCCCCCUGGCUGCCCAAAAUGCCUCCCUUCGCCUCAACAACUCCGUGAGUCACUUCAAACUUCGAGUGGACAAAAAGAACUAUGACCUAAGGAUCUUCGAGUGAGCCAGCUCCCAACAAACAGAGGAGGGAAAGGGACUUGCACAGCAGGUCCAGGAGCUGCUGCAGUUCUGGAACAAUGGGGGAAUUAAUGCCAUCCCAAGCCCUGUGUAG